AGUUUGGUUAGCUCACUCCACUAGAGAGAUAAACUUCUCCUUUUUUGUUUUUUUUUCUUCUCAUUUUCUCACACACUAAAACAAAUUCUCUCUCCACUUUUUUGUUUUACCGGAUAAUUCGGAAUUCCCUCUUCAUGUUCGGGCGUAAAGGUUGAAGCUUUCAAGUUUUAUCUAUCUCCCUCCUUAAUUAAUUAAGGGGUGAGUAAGAUGGAAGAAGGAAGUGAAUUUAGACAAUGGGAUGAGUUAAUUCCAGAUGCAUUAGGGUUAAUAUUCAAGAAGCUCCCUUUAGAGGACAUAUUGACAGUGAUUCCUAGGGUAUGCAAGGCAUGGGGGAAAGCUGUUCAAGGGCCUUAUUGUUGGUUAGAGAUUGACAUUGAUGAGUGGAGUGUACAUUGCGAGUCCGAGAAGCUCGAACGGAUGCUCCGAUUGCUUAUUACUCGAAGCUCCGGUUCGCUUCGUAAGCUCCAUGUUUCUUGUGUCAAUAAUGAUCAGAGUUUUGCUUUCAUUGCUGAAAAUGCUGGAUCCCUUCAGAAUCUUGUAAUGCGGAGAAGUGAAAUCAGUGACUCAAUCGUAGAGCAAUUAGCCGGAAAGUUCACUAGACUCACUUCAUUAGACCUGAGCUACUGUUGUCAGAUUAGCACCCAUGCUUUAGAAGCCAUUGGCAAAAACUGUAAACUCUUGUCUUCCUUAAGCUGGAACAUGCACCCUUUAGGCUCGGCUUUCAAACCAUCACACGCCGAUGAAGCUCACGCUAUUGCCAAAACAAUGCCUAAACUUAAACAACUUGAGUUAGCUUACCUCCGAAUCAACGUAGAGUGUGUCCUUAACAUCCUUUCGGGGUGCCCUAACCUUGAGUUUUUGGACUUAAGAGGGUGUUGGGAUGUUCAUUUAGACAAAAAUGCCCUUGUGAAACGGCACCCUAAGUUGGAGAUUCUCGGGCCUCAAGUAGUGAUGGGUGUGUUCGAAAGAAGAGCGUAUUUCGAUGAUUAUUACUCGGAUUCGGACUUUUCGGAUUACGAUUAUAUGGAUUAUAGUGAUGAUGAAAGCUUUGAUGGAAUGUGGGAUGAUGAAGAUAUAGAGCUCAGGAUUUAUGAAGGCCCUGAUAACAUGUAUGAAUUCGGUUGGCCUCCAUCGCCUUAGUAAGUAGUUAAUAGUUGGUUACUUCAUAGCUAUGUUAUGAACUUUGUGUUAUUUCACUCCUUGUGAAAUUUGUGAAGAGUCUAUUUUUCUACACCUUAAGUCUUUAUGUGGAUCUAUAUACCCUUUUAGUAUGAAUGAAAGUAUUGCAGUUUGUAUAUUUUUAUCAGAUUUUCGAUCUCAGAUGUUAGAAUAUUUAUCUAAUUAUUUUAUAUAAGUAUAAGAUUUAAGUUUUGA